AUGGGAGUGAUGCAAACACCCAUGAAGAAGAAGAAAAAGUUCAAAAACCUAUCAGAAUUGGUUUAUCUGAAGGAUUUUUAUGCUUUCAAGGAGGUGUUUAAUAACUUCCAAGCACUUGGGGCCCAUAUCGCAACCCACAAUAGGAAUAAAAAGAUGGAGAAGGUGCCAUUUGAUAAAUUAGGGACUAAAGAAGGUGGUGUUGGAGAUAAGGAUGGAAAGGGCUCAAGUUUAGUAGCACCACUAGUCAAUAGAGAAAAGAAAUAUAGGUGUAAUUUGUGCUCAAAAAGGUUUUUGACAGGGCAGGCACUUAGAGGUCAUAAUAACUAUCAUCGGAAGGUUGCCCGUGUUAAAGCUCAGCAAUCUCUAGGAAGUGACAUCCUCUAA